AUGCCCCUCGUCCUCCCACUGGACUGCAGUGACAUCUAUAACAAUGACAACAGCCGACCCAGUGGAGUGUACACCAUCUAUCCCAUCGGAGCCACCUCUGCUGUCCAGGUGUACUGUGAUAUGGACUCACCAGGAGGACGAUGGACGGUGUUCCAGAGGAGGAUGGACGGCACUGUGAACUUCUACAGGGGCUGGGAUCAGUACAAGCUGGGCUUUGGUAGCGCUGCUGGAGAGUACUGGCUCGGUCACCCUUAUCUCCAGACACCCUUUCUCCCCUCCCCCUGUUGGACUGAUCACAUGGAAGACCUGGAGCUGGGACCAAAUUUACCCCCCACCUUCCCUUGCUCCACUCCCAUUUUCUCUACCCUAAACCCCCACCAUCCACCUCCGCCACUGGUUCUAAGUCUCCAGGAUUGUUCUGACAGAUAUUUUUGUGUGCUGCGUGUUUCAGACCUGCGGUGGGUCCAGGUGAACAGCUCCGAGGAGGCCUACAGAGUCAUGAAAAUCGGGAAGAAGAACCAGAGCUUCUCCUCCACCAGACUGAACCAGCUGUCCAGCAGGAGCCACAGCAUCUUCUCCAUCAGGAUCCUCAGAGUGGACGACGUCGGCGUUCCCAGAGUCCUCGGCAUCAGCGAGCUGGCGCUGUGCGACCUGGCCGGCUCCGAGAGAUGCUCCCGGACUCACAACACCGGAGAGAGACUGAAGGAAGCGGGAAACAUCAACAGCUCUCUGCUGACGCUGGGGAAGUGCAUCAACGCCAUGAGACUGAACCAGCACGCCAAGUUCCAGCACCACAUCCCCUUCAGGGAGUCCAAGCUGACCCACUUCCUGCAGUUCUUCUUCUGUGGUGCCGGCCGGGUCUCAAUGGUGGUCAACAUCAACCAGAACCCGUCCUGCUUUGACGAGACGCUCAACGUCCUCAAGUUCUCCGCCCUCGCCCAGAAGGUGGUGGUGGUGAACUCCAGGCCCGCGGUCCUGGACGACGCCCCCCACAGGUCGGCCAUGGAGCUGUCGAUCAUCAUCGACGAGGCCGACCAGCGCAGGAACGUGUCGGGGCGGGGCAGGAAGAGCUCGCUGGUCGCCUGGGAGACGACCCUGGAAGACGUGCUGGAGGUUGAGGACGACGAGGAGGAGGAAGAGGAGGAGGAGAGUGCGAUGGAGGGAACCGUGCUGGAGGCCGGAGGUGAGGAAGACGAGGAGGAGGAAGAGGACCGGACGAUGGAGGAAGAAGAGAAGCCGGACCGAGAGGCUGCGCUGCGAUUGGUUCUGGAGGCUCAGAUCAGAGAGGAAGUCAGCACUGAGUUCAUGGAGCUCUUCAACAAGAUGGAGAAAGACUACAGCGAGCGUCUGGAGAAGGAGAGGGAGAUCCUGGAGGAGCGAGCCGAGAAGAGAGUCGAGAUCCUGAAGAACCUGGUCAGCAAGACGGUCGACCUGUCAACCGUCGGCGCCGACAGCAGCAAGGAGGAGCAGGCGACUGUGUUGGAGGGAAUCAUCAGCUCGCUGACUGAGGACCUGCAGAAGGUCAGAGAGGACGCUCAGAGCGUUCAACGCUGCCUGACGGAGCACGCCCACGCCGCAGUCUCGCCAGUCCUGGAGGAGGAGAUCUCGAGGCUGCAGGAGGAAAACCGCAAGAAAGAGGAAACCAUCUGCGAGCUGAGAGAGAGGGAGGAGAGGAGGAGGGGGCUGGAGGAGGAGCUGAGGAGACGGGAGGAGGAGGUGGAGGAGCUGAAGAAGGAGCAGCUCCUGCUGGAGCAGAACGUGCAGAAGCUGACGGAUCUGGACCAGUGUCCAAACUGUGCGUCUGUGUUUUCGUCUCUGGAGUCGGAGCAGAGGGAAACAUCCAGACUGACGAAGGAGAACAAAGCUCUGGUUAACGGCAUCUUCCAGCUGCAGACAGAGAUGACGAGUCUCCAGGCGCAGCUCAAAGAGCAGACUGACAGGUGUGACAGCCUAUCAGAGCAGCUCAGCACUGCAAAGGCCCGCCUCCAGGACCUGGAGAGCCAAUCGGAGGAGAAGGCCAACACCAUCAGCAGUCUGACACAAGAAGUGGAGCGUCUGAGACGUGAACUCAAGGAGGGAGAGGCGGGACAGAGCAGCAGCAGCAGCAGUGUUUUCCACGCCACCAUAGAGGAGCUGAAGAAGGAGGGCCUGGCAGCGCUGGAGAGGUCGGCUCAGAAAUCCCAACAGAUCCAAGAUCUGCAGAGAGAAAAGAUGCAGCUGGAGGAGACUCUGUCUCACAGGUGGGUGUGUCGAGCUCAGGGGGAGUUAGCCAAUCAGAAGGCAGAAUCCUCGCGUCAGCUCCAGAGCCUGAGGGCGGAGCUUGAGUCUGAGGGCGGAGCUCUGCGAGGGAGACUGGAGGAGCAGAAGAGAGACCAGGAGACGGAGAAGGAAGAGCUGCAGCGAGUCGCGUCGGAGAAGGACAGACUGAUAGAAGAAAGCCAGCGGCAGACGGAGACGCUGAGAAAAGAGCUGGAGCGUCUGCAGGAAGAGCUGCAGGGGAGGGAGGAGGAGGAGAAGGAGAACAGACAGGAGGAGGAGGAGAAGGUGUCGGUGGUGGAGGAGCUGAAGGAGGAGCUCCAGAGACUCCAGGAGAGGAAGAGAGGGAGACAGCUGAAGCAGGAGGAGGCGGCGGUGGGGAGGAGGAGCAGGGAGUUUGAUGCUGUACACAGAGAGCUGGAGAGACUGAAGGAGGAGAGAGAGAGAAACCUGCAGCAGGACGUUCACGACUCUCCUCUGAGGUCCAACAUGGCCGACCGGAAGAAAACCCCCAGAACUACAGGGAGGAAGAGGAAGAGCUGCGAGGUGGAGGGCCUGGUGUCCAGCGAGAACAAGAGAAACCGGGUGAGAGGAAACGCUCGAAACAACAAACAGGAGAAGAGAGACGCGGCUCUUCAGAACAUCAGAGAGUUGAUCACCAAGUCUCCGUCCAUCCUGGGCAGCAAAGCUAAAAAUAUCAUCAGUCUGGUCAGUGGACAUUCGGUUGAGAAGGAGACGGUUACCACAGCAACCAAACCGAGACGAGGACGGAAGAAGCUUUACAAGCAGGACGCCUCGGAUGCCCUGCUAGACUCUCCACACAUGAUGUCCGGAGGAGCUGAGGAGGAGAAGGAGAGCGAUCACCUGAUCAUUAAGAGGCAGCUGCGGUCCAAGACCUGCAGGAAGUGACAUCAUCACCAUCAUGUGACAACACUAAACCUCAGAUUUCUGUCAAACCGUCAGUGGUUCUGAGGGUUUGAGUUGAAAUAUCUGUACAGUUUGUAUUUCUGUCUGAUUUUUAGUUCAGUACUUGUUUUUCAUCG